CCAAUGAAACAAAGCGUUGUUACAACACGCCUUUCCAAACAAACAUGGCAGCCCUCUGACGCCGCACACCGUUGUGAAGGUUGACGAUUAAAUCCCCAGCGUAUCGUCAAUAUGCUCAACCUCACUCUACGAGAGGUUUCUAUUGCAUUCAGAGAGGGAAAGAUUUCUCCAUCUGAGCUGUGUCGAAAAUGUUUGGACCGCAUCAAGCAAAACCGGCAUCUAAAUGCCUACAUCACGGUGACAGAGGAAUUGGCCUUGAAGCAGGCUCAUGAAGCAGAGACCAGACUGCUAAGAGGGACCUCUAAAGGUCCUCUGGAUGGAAUCCCAUUUGCAGUCAAAGACAACUUUUGCACAAGGAGCAUUAAGACCACAUGUGCUUCGAAGAUGCUCAAAGACUACACUCCGCCGUACAAUGCUACAGUAGUACAGAAGCUGUUUGACCAAGGAGCUGUUCUUCUUGGGAAGACCAACAUGGAUGAGUUUGCUAUGGGUUCAGGCAGCACUGACGGUGCAUUUGGACCAGUGAGGAACCCGUGGGGCUACGCUACUCCCUACUGUGAGCAGACAGGAGCGGUAUCAGACUCUGACUGGGUCAUUUCUGGAGGAAGUUCUGGGGGAAGCGCAGCAGCUGUAGCUUCACUGACCAGUUACCUCGCUUUAGGGUCGGAUACAGGCGGUUCCACCCGUAACCCGGGCGCGCAGUGCGGGAUCGUGGCUUUGAAGCCAACGUAUGGACUGCUGUCGCGGCAUGGCCUCAUCCCGCUGGUCAACUCGUGUGAUGUUCCAGGCAUUUUGACAAAAAGUGCCAGAGAUGCAGCCAUUGUUUUCGAUAUUCUCCAAGGACUCGACACAAAAGACUCCACGACAGUUCCUGCUCCUGCAUCGUCAUCAGCAGAGCUGCCUGAAAACGUUGACGUUAAGAACCUCUGCGUCGGCAUUCCAAAGGAGUUCUACACCCCUGGACUGUCGGAGGAGGUGGCCGCACAAUGGAGUCGGGUCGCUGACUUGUUUGAGAAAUCGGGUGCACGUGUGAAGCAAGUGUCCCUCCCCCACAGCCAGUAUUCCAUGGCAUGUUACUACAUCCUGUGCUGUGCUGAGGUGGCGUCGAACAUGGCGCGUUUCGAUGGCCUCCAGUAUGGCCACCGUAGCGAAGUGGACAGUUCCACGGAAGCCAUGUAUGCCACCACGCGACACGAGGGUUUCAAUGACGUUGUGAGAGGCAGGAUAUUAUCUGGGAACUACUUCCUGCUCAAGCAAAACUACCAGCACUACUUUGUGAAAGCCCAGAAGGUUCGUCGACUGAUCGCGGACGAUUUCAAGCGCGUGUUCGGCUCAGGUGUUGACGUGCUGCUGACACCCACCACGCUCUCGGAUGCCGCACGUUAUGCCGACUUCACGCGAGAGGACAACCGAACACGCAGCGUGCAGCAGGAUAUCUUCACUGUUUCCGCCAACACAGCAGGUCUCCCGGCUGUUUCUGUGCCAACUACCUUAUCCAAAAGAGGCCUUCCCAUUGGCUUACAGCUCAUAGGCCCCGCCUUCCGAGACAAGAAGCUCCUCAGUGUUGCCCAGUGGAUCGAACAAAGGGUUGGGUUUCCCUCCAUCGGUGACUUUGAGGAAUCCAACGGGCAGAGCUCCAGUUACAAUAUUAGCUUUGCAGGGGGGGAGAGAUGAACACCAAAGAAAUCAGCAGAGUCAAAAACUCUUGAAAGUUCACCAUUAGUUUCCUCUCUGUUGGACAAAGCGGCAACAUACAACUUUGUGGAAUGGUGGUUUCAGGGGUUCAAGUGAAAAUCAUGUAUUUUUUUCUUCUCAAUGAUGAUGAAUACAGCAAUCUGUACAGUUUUAAAAGGAACUGACCCAUUCCAAAUGAUUACAGUGACUUACGACAUCUUGACCAAUGAAAUAUAAAAAAUUUGAAUUUAA